AUGCAGAAGUCCUCUCUGGACCCGAACAUUUCCAGCCAAGAAAGCGCCAUAAUGGACUGCGAUCAGCCCGGGACGACUGCAGAGCCUCCCGAGAAAUUACAGCGAAAGAAAAAGAAGAAAUCGACCAUGCUGAAGACGGUAGAAUUAAGCAACUUUCUGGUGGACAAUGAACUUCGUUCGGCCAUUGGAAUGAUGAAAGUCAGCAAUAGACAAGUAGUCCUUCCUCAGCCGAAGGCUCAAGCUGCCAGUCAAGGUCCAACGCACAAGGGGAUCAGGCGAGAAAAGAAGCCAACCACCACUAAGAAGAUCGUUUUAGAGGCGCGCAAACACACUGAAAAAGAAAAGGAUAACGCUGAUUUUUCCUUCUCUCCUACACCGCUGGAUGAAUGCGUUAUUGAGCUUUUGAAAAAGCUCAAGAAGCAGGCGAAUGCUGCUCAUAAAGCUAAUCCGACUAGGGUGGGUGAGUCGCAAAUUAGAUUCAUAAUCUACUCUUUCGGCUGA